AUGGUUGUCCCCUCUCCCCCUCCCCGCGAUUUCCCCGGUGCCCGGCACCCGCGGGAAAGCAGAGGGUGUCCAGCUCCCCCUCCCGCUAUUUUCCCACGUCCCCAGCACCCUCGGGAAAGCGGAGGGUGUCCAGGUCCCCCUCCGCCGCUAUUUUCCCACGGUCCCAUGCCCCGCGGGAAGGACAGGAGGGGUGUCCAACUCCCCCUCCAAUAUUGUACCACGGUCCCCGUGCCCCGCGGAAAAGCAGAGGGUGUCCAGCGCACCCUCCCGCUAUUUUCCCCCACGGACCCGGCACCCGCGGAAAGCAGAGGGGUGGCCACUCCCACUCCCGCUAUUUUCCCACGGUCCCCGGCACCGCCCCGGAAAGCAGAGGGGUGUCCAAGCUCCAUCCCGCUAGUUUCCAGGUCCCCGGCACCCGCGGGAAAGAGCAGGAGGGGUGGUCAGCUCCCCUCCCGCUAUUUUCCCACGGUCCACGGCACAUGCGUUAACGCAGGAGGGGUAGUCCAGCUCCCACUCCCGCUAUUUCCCACGGUCCCCCCGGGCCCCGCGGGAAAGCAGGAGGGGUAUCUAGCUCCCCCCGCCCGCUAUUUCGCCAAGGUCCCCCGCAACCCACGCAAGCAGGAGCGGUUUACCAGCUCCCCUCCCGCUUAUUUUUCCCACGGUACCCCGGGCCACGCGGCAAAAGCGAGGGGUGUCCAGCUCCCCCUCCCCGCUAUUUUCACCAGUUUCCCACGGUCCCCUGCACCCGCGGGAAAAGCAGGAGGGGUUGUCCCAACUCCCCCUCCCGCUAUUGUCCCUGGUCCCCGCGGGCCCCACGGAAAGCAGGGGGGUGUCCAGCUCCCCCUCCCCCGCUAUUUUCCCACGGUCCCCUGCACCCGCGGCAACGCAGGAGCGGUGUCCAGCUCCCCCUCCCCGAUAUUUUCCCACGGUCCCCGGGCCCACGGGAAAAAGCAGAGGAUGUCCACCGCCCCCGCCCAGCUAUUUUCACCACAGUCCCCCCGUCACCCGCGGAAGCAGAGGGGUGUCCAGCUUCACCUCCCACUAUGUUCCCACGGGUCCCCCCCCGGCACCCCGGAAAUCAGGAGGGUGGCCCAGCUCCACUCCCGCAGUUUCCCCGGUCCCCGGGCCCCGUGGGAAAGCAGGAGGGUGUCCACUCCCCUAUCCCCGCUAGUUUUCCCCACAGGUCCCAGGGUCCGCGGAAGCAGAUGGGGUUGUACAGCUCGCCCUCUCCACACCCGCUUUUUUCCCCACGGUCCCUCCCCGGGCCCCCGGGAAAGCAGGAGGGUGUCCAACUCCCCCUCCUGCCGAGUUUCCCACGGUCCCCGGGACCCCGCAAAGCAGGAGGGGGGUCCAGCUCCCCCUCCCGCUAUUUUCCCCCGGUCCAGGGUCCCUCGGGAAGGCAGAAGGGGUGUCACCUCAACCUCCCGCUAUUUUCCCACGGUCCCGGGACCGCCCGGAAAGCAGAGGGUGUCCAGCCUCCCCCUCCCGAUAUUUUUUUUCCCAACGGUCCCCAGCACCCGCGGGAAAGCAGAUGGUGUCCAGGUCCCCUCCCGCUAUUUUCCCACGGUCCCCGCACAAGGGGAAAGCAGGGGGGUGUCCAACUCCCCUCCCUAUUUUCCCACGGUCCCCGGGCCCCACGUGAAAGCAGGAGGGUGUCCAACUCCCCCUCCCGCUAUUUCCCACGGUUCCCCGUGGCCCACGAAAGCGGAGGGGUGUUCCAUCCUCCCCCUCCCGUAG